CUCGAAUCCCCAUCUUCAAGGGUAAUUUUUCUUACCUUCACUGCCCCCCCCCACCCCUCCAUCGUACAAGAACAACAUGAAAUCCCUCCCCCGCAUCGCCUGCUUCCACGGCGGCGGCUCAAAAGGAGACAUCUUCGAAGUCCAAUGCGCAUUCCUCGCCCAGAUCCUCGAAGACGACUUCCAAUUUGAGUUCUUCGACGGUCCAUUCGAUAGCCCUGCGGGUCCUGGCAUCCUCCCCGCUUUCGAGGGGUACGGUCCUUACAAGACUUGGUUCACCAAGGACGCUACGACGGGCGCGGAGCGGGCCGAUGGGAGCGGGUACGACCAGAUCGGACGCGACGGGGUCGAGCGCAUAUGGAAGAUGAUGGAGGUGCGAUCGGGUUCCGGGGGGUCUGGGGACUGGGUUGGCGUGAUGGGGUUUAGCCAGGGGACGCGCAUGGCGGGCGGGUUGUUGCUGGAUCAGCAGCGGAGGGAAGAACUAGGGGAGCCCGGUUCUCCGAUUAAACUGAAGUUCGGGAUUUUGUGUAUGGGUGGUAAGGCACCGAUGGAGUCGGAGAUUGGACAUAGAGUGGCCCAGUCUGAUACGGUUAUUCGGAUUCCCACGUUACAUGUGCACGGAUUGAAAGAUGAGUUUUUGGCAUGGGGACGCGAUCAGUACGAUACAUAUUAUCAUCCGGAGACCAGGACACUCCACGAAAUCAAUUACCAUCAUGCGAUGCCGUGGGUGAGGGAGGAGGCGGAGGAGUUGGCGGAUCGUAUUCGGAAGCUAUACAAGAAUACCCAGACUUUAUAAAUACGGAAGAUGAUAUAGUUGAAUCCUACAUGGAUUCCUCUCUCCUUUUCUUUGUUUUUAAAAAAAAAAUUCACGAGGUUUAUCAAGA